AUGGAGCCUUUAGGUGGGCUGAGCAAAAGAGGAAAACAAGAAAUUCAACCACAGAUUUCGGUACUAGGAAUGGAAUUGGGACGACCUUCCGAUGAGGAAGAAAAGGAGAAAAAAAGAAUUAAAGAUCAAUUAUUUCAAGCCUGCAUGGAGAAUAGGUGGACAGGAGUUAAGCAACUGUACAUCAACGACAAGUUUGCCCAAGAAUCCAAACUCACUAAAUCUGAAGAUACUGUUCUUCACUUAGCUAUCUCUUCUUACCAUCCACAUCGAGAUGACUCUUUACAGAAAACUCAUCUUGAUUGUAUUAAGGAUAUGGUAGUUAAAAUACCAAAGGAAAAUCGAUUGUGUAUCUUAAAACAGAAGAAUGAAAAAGGGAACACACCUCUUCACCUUGCAGCAGAACUCGGAAGUGUCUCCAUAAUUGCGUGUUUGGUAAACCCACAAGAACCUGAACUCAUCUGGGAGACCAAUUCAAAAGGUGAAACCCCUUUAUUCGUUGCUGCUUAUCGUGGCAGGCUAGAUGCUUUUCUCUACCUACAUGAGUGUUGUCAAAAUGAAAAGAGCGGAAAAGAUCCAAUUGUACUUUGCAGGAGGGGAGAUGGGGAUAACAUUCUACACGCAGCUAUCUCUGGCGAGUACUUUAAGUUGGCUUUUCAGAUAAUAAAGCGCUAUGAGCUACUUGUCAACCGUUUAAACUCAGAGGGCAUGUCUCCUCUACACUUUCUAUCUAGGAUGCCUCAAGUAUUCAAAAGUGGAAGCCAUUUUCGGUACAUAGAUAGCAUUAUCUACUACUGCAUAACUGUCGAAGAGCUAAAGAUAGAGAAAUAUAAAACUGAAGGCAUAGAAGACACAUAUCGUAGACUCCCAGAUAACUGGAAACUCCCAGAUAACUACCAAACACUGGUGGACUUCUUGGAACUACUUUGGAAUGGGACUGCAAAUUUUCUUGAUUACAUUAAGGAAAUCUGGAAGCAAGCAAACAAGUCUAAAGCUCCUACUGAAGAAACUAAUGAGAAGCGAGAUAAGAAGUCUACAGGCAAUCAAGAUGAUCCUGAGAAUCCCCCAAUUCCAGUAACUACUGGAGUAACUAAUGUGAAUCAAGACAAGAAGUCUCCAGCUGAAGGGAAGAGAAAUGGCAACUUAUUUCCAGCCAAUUACACCACCUUUAUCAAUUUCGUCAAAUUACUAAUGACGAUUUUGCUAAUCGUAAUUGGUAUUGGACUCCAAAGGAUAAAGAAAUUAGAGGUAAAGAAGAAGCACCAUCAAUGGGCAGUUAAAAUUAUGAAGUUGAUGAUUGAGAAAGAAGAAAGUUACAAAUUCUAUGAAAAUACUGGGGAGAAGCCUGAAGAUAAGGACCUCUAUGAUCAAGGCCUCUAUAAGCAAAUUGGAAAACCUCCUCCAGCACCCCCUCCAACAGAUAUUAAUUUAGAAAAAGCAGAAGAACCUAGUAAAAUUUCACAGAUCAAGCAACCAGCAACCUCAAGCACAGAUAACAAAAAGAAAGAUGAUAUCAAGUCUGGGGUAGAUGAACUGGUAACUAUAGGUCUAAAUACAGAGUUGUCAAAGACCAAGGCGACACCCCUAUUGGUGGCAUCAAAGAUGGGUAUCGUAGAGAUGGUGAAGGAGAUCCUUGAAAAGUUCCCAAUAGCCAUUCAAGAUACGGAUUCUGACGAGAAGAAUAUCUUGCUUUUGGCAGUAGAGCAUAGGCAAACAGCCGUCUAUAACUGGUUAAUAGGACAAAAGUAUCCAGAGCGCGUGUUUUAUCAUGUGGACAAACAAGAAAACAAUGCAGUACACUUAGCUGCAUUGUUUCAGAAGCACGAGUUGUGGCGCAUCCCUGGUACUGCGUUACAGUUGCAAGGCGAAAGGAAGUGGUACAAGUAUGUAAAGCACACUUUGCCAAAACAAUCAUAUGUCCGUUAUAAUAAAAAAGGUCAGACACCAAGAGAGAUCUUCAGAGAGACGCAUGCAAAGUUACUCAAAGAUGGCACUGAGUGGCUUGUCACAACCUCAAAUUCGUUCUCUGUCGUUGCAGCACUGAUUGCUACAGUUGCAUUUGCUACAGCUUCUGCAGUCCCAGGUGGAGCCGAUGAUUCUGGCCGUCCAUACCUUGAAAGUCAACCUGCUUUUUCAGUAUUUUCUAUCUCAUCACUUGUUUCUCUUUGCUUCUCUGUCACGGCCCUGGUGUUUUUUCUAGCUAUCCUCACAUCUCGAUGCCAACACAGUGAUUUCGAGAAAGACUUGCCAAGAAAGUUGCUCCUAGGAUUAACUUCGCUUUUUGCAUCAAUAACUGCUAUCUUGGUCUCAUUCUGCGCUGCGCAUUUCUUUGUCCUCCAGGAUAACUUAAGGAGAGCAGCAUUUCCAAUAUACGGGGUGACAUGCAUACCUGUGGUGUUUUUUGCAUUUAAUCAAUUCCCUCUCUAUUUUGAUCUCAUAAGGUCAUACAUCCAACAGCUACCACUUCGUAGCUAUAAGGUGUUUUAUAACGAGUCCUCAGGCGCAAGUAGCUCAGAUCAGAAGAAUGAAGGUAAAGAGAAGGAUGAUUGAAACAGGUAGAGAUUAUGACAAGAGGUGAGCGUUUACUUUAGUUUUCCAAAUAAGACUGGAAUUCCAGGAAAGGUUUCCCUUCGCUGAGAGGAGGCGAGGUGGAGAUAUCAUUUUUCUGUGUUUCCUGAAUAAACUUGUACUCUCUUAAGAGUUACAUGGUUUUCAUAUACGUUGUUUCUGUACUAAAGCUAGUUAAAAUGCUUUUUGAUCCCUUAAUUUAUAUGAGCUUGAGGGAAUCUUUGGGAACUCACCAUGUCUAGAUAGCGCAAACAAUGUAUGUUCCUGUUUGUAAUCCUUAUUCGGAAGAAGAAAAGGCUCAGCUUUUCAAGGUUCAAUUUUCAUUCACUUAUGAGUAAAUCCAAAUUAAAAGAUUACUCUUAGGCUACCUCGCUCAAACUUUAACCAAAUAUGGAUAAGAAAUCAAUGUUCUUCUUCAGUAAACUUUAGAACCCAAGCAAAUUCCACUAAGAAAAAGGAGAGGACAAGAUAUUCAGCAGACCCUAAUAAAGACACAGGAGUUUAAAUAGAAAAAGGAAUGUUGCAACAACUAGCCUAUGCAAAAAUAGAAGCCGAACAUGCUAAGAGCGACUAGUCUGCCAAGCUGCUGUGGUUCCUCAAAAGUAUUACUCUUUAACCAGAUUCUUUUAAAUUGUGGUCUUUGUCUCAUAAUAUGUUAACCACUGCUAACAGAUCGUUGAACCUGUGGUAUAGUCGAUGAAUAAAGCAUAUGGAACAAUAGAACACACACACACACACACACACACACACACACACAUCAUAUAUGUGUGUGUGUAUAUAUGUAUGUAUGUAUGU